UGAGUGGAGAGGGUCAGGAGACGAGGAUGUCUCUGUGUUGCUUCCCGUUCUUCCGAGGCUCUGGGCAGAAGAAAGCCCAGGCUGAGAGAUGUUUCUGUUGCUGUAGAAAUAGGCGCAAGCGCCACCACCGAUCCCCCUUGCCCUCUGGCAGGAGGCACCCACAGAGCUCCAACAAGGACAUCGUAGAGGAGCUGGCUGACACGUUCACUUACGCCAUCAACGGGUACAAAGGACAAGUGCGUCAGGCCAGGAAGUACGACCAGUGCCAAACGGAGAGCUCCCAGGAGGACAUCAUGGAGGUGCUGGCCCUUGAACCCGACUACACCACCUACAGGGUCAGGGUGCAGGUGCACCAGGCUGACGACACAGUCCAGUGCCUGUCAGAGGGCGCAGCUGAGGUAACUGGGAACCUACCUGAGUCCUGCAGGCUGCAGGCCCUCCAUGAGGGCACCUUGGAGCAAGUGGCCACGUCCAUGGUACCGGCUUUCCCGGGGGAAAACCUAUCCCAUGUCUCCACCCUGGCCUUCUCCAGAGCCCAACAGUUCCUCGAAGAGCUGCUAACUAGGUCCUGUCCACCGUCCCUCAGAGCUGAUGCCAGCAAGGUGUUCUGUACCUCUGGAGGCACACCUCCUUAUAAGCACCGGGGUGACACGCCGCAGGACCAAGUCAUAAAGGCCAUUGCUUCGAUCGUGGGGACCUGGCUGGACCAUGUCCAGGAUUUUGGGCAGCCCCUGCCUUUCCCCUUGGUGGAGGCAGAGCAGGCCUUGCUGCCCAUCAACUCCCCUGCAUCACGCCUGGUGGGCCACGCCCAAAAUCUAGAGCUGGAGCAUCUUGAGCCCACCGAGGCAACCCGGGAAGGUCCACACCCGGAGAUCCAGAGCUCUCCAGAGCCAGAGGAAGGGCCUGCUCAGGGGCCAGAGCCUGGUCCAGGGAGGGGCCCCGCCCUGGCCUGGCCUGGCCUGAGGCAGUACCUCAAGCCAUUCUGGAGCCAGCUGCUGGCGGUGCUGGAAGCCUUCUCUGGUGCCGUCAUAAGCGUCCUAGGCGAUUAUCUUAAAUAACUAAUAAGAGGAAUAUGCCCACUUAUUAGUAUAUGUAUAAUAGUAAAUAAUGAUAAUUUCCAAUAAUACCUAGCUAUUUAUGUAGACUAUAAUCCAUUAAAUUAAAUACUCUUUUGAAUAAAUAGAAAUAAAG